UAACUCAGUACUGCCGACCACAUCGGCUACCCGGAAAACGGACACACUCACGAACAGCACGGACAGGUAGAGUUAGUUUUCUGAGAGCUGAAGUGUGGACCUGAUAAACACGACAAUGGCUAAACUUAAUAGCUCUUUCCAACGGCUUUUUGUCUUCUUCAACCUGCUGUUUGCGAUCGUUGGAGGUGUGAUUAUCGGCCUGGGACUUCUGGGUCAGUUCGCCUACAAUGACAGCACUUCAGAGUUUGAGAACCAGACCAAAGGGUUUCUGGUGAUGUAUCUGGUAGGAGGCAUCACCAUGGCCAUGUCUCUGCUCGGGGCGCACGGAGCACACAGAGAGAAGAGACGGUUGUUGUUUGUUUUGCAGAUGAUGCAGAUCGUGGAGGAGAAGUUCCGUGAGGGCCUGCCUCUGAACGAAGCCUCCCCUGAUGUUAGACAGUUCACUGAGAGGAUUCAGCUGAAUUUGAAGUGCUGUGGGCUGUUCAGUUACACAGACUGGGGCAACAACGUCCCUGACUCCUGUCUCUGUCAGGGGGAGGAAGAUCAGAUGGAGGGUACAUGCCUGAACAUUCCAUACCGGUUGUUGUUCUUUUCAGAGUUCAGGAUGACUGGACACCAGAAGCUGAUCUACAAACAGACCUGCUUCCCCAUCCUCGAGGGCUACCUGGCUAAAGCUCUGGACAUCCUGUUGGGCGUUUCCUUCGGAUUCGCUGCUCUGGCUCUCCUGGGAGCGGUGAUGUCUGCCGUCCUGCUGGCUCAGCUGAGGAGCUCUACCGGAGCGGUUCCUGUGGUGUUCAGUGUCAGCUCAUCCAAGUUCGGCUUCAGUUCCCACCCACCCAAGUACACCGAGCUUUACAACGAGCCUGAGAAGCCUGAGAAGUGAAAAAGCAGAAUGAGGUUCAGGAUGUGGUUAGUUAGAUGACAUGGUUUUAGGCUGUUGUUCAGUCUGGCUCAGCAUAGAAAUAGAACUACUAGAAUGGUUAAAGCCCCCACAACCAUGGAGUAUGAUCAAUAUAGUUGAAUGGGGAUUGUCUUUCUAGUGAUCUAUUUCUAUGGUGUCCAGACUCCCACUGUUUUCCUUCCACAUCUUCUUAUGGUUGUUGUUGUGUGUUUUUCAACGAGAGGUCUCCUUUAACUCUCUUUCUGAUUGUCAAACCAAAAAGGAAGGUGCUGCUUCCUUCUGUGUGUAAUUUGCUUUGAUUUUGAGUUCUACGUUUAAAGAGAAUCACCACCGGUGGUUUUAUACAUACGCAGCGAGUUCUGAGUAAAAAUGGUUGGAGAACGUUACGUUUUAUUUGCAGAAUGAGAGCUGGCAGGGCGUUUUGAAAAGAGGACAUCACAAAGAGAGAACCACUCUGAGAUAGUAAGGACAGAAUGUCAUUUCCAUAGGACUUUGAAUGUCAAAUCAUUUGCCUUGAAAGUGCAAUAAUAAAAAGGGGAACGAAAGGGAAGGUUGACAAAGUGAAACGGGGAAAUAAAUAUCUGGCGCUGACAGAAGUCCUGUAGCUUUUUACAAUGAAAUGGAACAACGUUAAGUGUUUUGCUAUGAACUGUAAAUCCUUAUAUGAAAUAUACAACAUGCCAACUGUUUUGCUCUCUGUUUCUAAAUAAAGCAUCUGUCUUCUA